AGGAAAAAAGGGCCAUGCAAGUGGAGAUCAAAGAACUUAAAAGUGAAAACCAGAAACUGAAAAAUACUCUUCAGAAAAUGGACACCGUGUUAACUGAGCUGAAUCAGACAGAUGGUAGGCUAGAAACUGAUAUUUAUAAAGUCUGGAAUGAUCAGAAACAGUUUGCACAACACAUGAACGCAAGUCUGGAAUUCUCUGCAAGAAAAACCAACAAUGUUUUAACAGAUCUGAAAGUAGAGCUUCGCCUUCUCUCCAUGAGUGUUGUCAAUGUUGACAAACGUUCCCAGGACCUAAACAAGCGCAUAGAUAAUGUAGACAAAGCAAUACCAGAGCAGAUCGAAGAGAAAUACCACGUGGUCUCAGCAAUGGCUAAAAACCUAUCCGAACAUUUGUCAGAAGAAACCAAUACCACAUUAUAUAACCUGAGAUCUGAGCUUGAAGACUCCAAACAGAGUCAGCUGAGAAUGUCGGCAGCAGUGUUGUCAUUAGAAUGGUUCAAAAACAACAUCUCGAGAGGAAACUGUGACUUGUCAAAAAGAAUCGGCUUUACGGCAGGUGUAUCUUCUAGCGGAAGUAGCUGGUCCUCUGGUAAGCUGAUAUUCAACAAAGUUUUGUACAACCAAGGAAAUGGGUACGAUUCUUCAUCCGGGGUUUUCACAGCGCCCUCUGCUGGCAUGUUUGUGUUUGUCGUCUCCAUUACUUCCUACGAUUCGAACACGAUCUCGGUAGACAUUUCUCUGAAUGGAUAUUCCCAGGUAACAGCCAGAGCAAACGGGGGAAGCGGAAGUUCUUAUUCGGGAUAUAACAGCUAUAAGUAUUCAUACUCGUAUCAGAGUGGGACAAACAUGGCGGUCCUUUCCCUGAAGCGCGGAGACAGAGUCUGGAUUUCGUAUAAUUCAGGAACAGGAUACUAUUCCAGUAGUACUCCUAUCACAACAUUUUCUGGAUUUUUGAUUUAAUAUCGCUUCAAAGCUUACAAUCUAGAAGAAAAAUGGAAAUGUUAAUAAGUUUUUCUUCUUCCGUUUAUAUGCAUGUUUUACUGUUAUUCGUAUACUCGCAUGUAUCUGUUCAAUAAAAAAGAAAUAAUAAAUCAA